ACAAACGUAUUUGAUAUUUCUCUUCUUGUUGGGUCUUAUUUUCUUUAUUUAUUUUUUUUUUCUCCCCCUCUUGGGUUUUUGAGGAUGCGAAAGCAGCACAGUUGAAGAAGGGAGGAAGGUGGGGGGGAAGAAAAUGUCGGCCAAGAGCAGGGGAACUGCAGCUGAGUCAACUCCGAGGAGCGGGAUGUCUCGGAGCUUGUCCUUCUUCCUCUAUCUCUGCUGCUUCUUCGCCGGCAUGUUCUUCACCAACAGGAUGUGGACAAUGCCUUCACUUGACGGUAUUGAGAGGAACUUGGAUGCAAAAUUCAAGCACGAAACCGUGGUCUCUGAGGAUCAUGAUUCAUAUCCAAAGAAGGCAGUUGUACGGACUGAUGAUGGCCUAGAGGAAACAUCAGAGCUUACAAAUGUCAUAGAGCCACUGGAUCAGACGAUUUUGGACCUCGAGAGAAAGUUAGCUGCUGCUAGGGCACAGCAAGAGGCUACGUCGACUGGCUCUCCAUUGUCAGGAAGCUCGAAAAUUGUCCGUUCAACAUCAAAACAUAAAUAUUUUAUGGUUGUAGGAAUCAAUACUUCCUUCAGGAGCAGGAAACGAAGAGAUUCCAUUCGUGCAACUUGGAUGCCUGAAGGUGAGACAAGAAAGAAGCUGGAGAAGGAGAAGGGCAUAGUUCUGCGCUUUGUCAUUGGUCACAGUGCGAGUCCUGGCGGUAUUCUCGAUAAAGCUAUAGAAGCGGAGGACAUGAUGCAUGGGGACUUCUUGAGACUGGAGCAUGUUGAGGGUUACCAUGAAUUAUCGGGCAAGACAAAGACCUACUUCGCCACUGCGGUCUCUUUAUGGGAUGCAGAGUUUUAUGUUAAGGUUGAUGAUGAUAUUCACGUAAACUUAGCUACGCUCGGAAUGAUUUUAUCUAGCCACCGCAGGAAAUCUCGUGUGUAUAUAGGCUGCAUGAAGUCUGGUCCCGUUCUUGCUCAAAAGGGAGUGAGGUACCAUGAGCCUGAGUAUUGGAAAUUUGGUGCCGUAGGGAACAGGUAUUUCCGCCAUGCUACGGGACAGUUGUAUGCAAUCUCAAAAGAUCUGGCGACUUACAUAUCUGUUAACCAGAACUUGUUGCACAAAUACGCCAACGAAGAUGUCUCGCUCGGCUCUUGGUUCAUUGGCUUAGAUGUUGAGCAUGUGCAUGAUAGAAGAUUCUGCUGCGGCACUCCACCAGAUUGUGAAUAUAGGGCUCAAGCGGGCUCCACAUGUGCUGCUUCUUUCGACUGGCGAUGUAGCGGCAUAUGCAAUUCCAGCUUUAGAAUUAUGGAAGUUCACGAGCGGUGUAAAGAGGGCGAGGAUGCCCUUUGGUCCUCGAGCUUUUGAAAAGUUGGGUGAAAUUGGAAUGUUGGAGUGAAAGAGAGAAAGCCCACACCAACAUGAUGGGAUCAAGAGGUGAAGCCCUCGACCCUUUCAGAUUUCCAGGGAAAUCCAAGCUCGAGUGCUGGUAAAGGACAGAGGCAGAAAGUUUCCCUCAAAAUAUAUACAAGUCGUUAGUGAUCAUAAUCACAAGGUUCUUACGCUGGGGUAGCCACAAACGAGGUUCUUGUACAAAUCUUCGCGAGGCCUCUGCUUCCCUGACUAUACGAAUGAUCUUAUUUACUGGCUAGCAAUUCUUGUUAAUUGGGCUUCUCUUUGAUUGAUAAUCAAUUUCAAUUGAUGUGUCGUGGCAAUAGCAAUUGAGAACUCGUGGAUCGACUGUUGAUUUCA